GCAUCAGCAAAUGAGAAUGACCCUCGACUUUAUUUACAAUCGUUUCUUCUAUUUUGAUAUUAAAAAUGGGAUGAUCCGAUAGGAAUUGGCAGUGAGUUUGAAAUAAUCGGAAUAUUUAUGCUAAGCUCAGCCUUCCAGCAGCGACAAUGUCUUCAAAUGUCAAAAUAAUAACAUAGUGACAAUGAGUUUUGGCUGUGACGUUUUUGUUCCGGGUCCUAGGGGGUUGGGGAAGGGAAAAAAAUCCAGAAUGGCGUCGACUGCUUUACCUUAACUUUCGUAUGGAAUGGAUGGAUGUGUUGGGUUGGCCGUGCAAAAGUUUGAUGCCUGAGAGAGAAUCUGGCUGUAAAUGGUUGAAUGUGAUGAACUCUAGAGUCAGGUUUUGUAAUUAGAGGGUGUGCAAAGUGUGGAAUUGAGAGUGUUGUGUGUGUGUUUCUUUCCGAGUGUAAAAAAAAAAUCGGCUUCUUCUCUCCCCCCCCCCCUCCUUCCUGGUCCCAGUUGUGUACAGCUAGAGUCGGCGUCGAUGGAAACGAUAGCAUUCAUUCCCCGUUUGCGAUGAUCAUAUGCCCGUACGAUUGGUUGUUGUAAAAGUCGUGAGUAUCUCGUCAGUUUAUUUAGUCGCCCGAAAAUGAGCUGCAGCUACAUUCAAGUUGCUGAGGAUGAGACUGAGGAGCCCAUAGAAUUACCCACUGAGGAUGACAGUGCGCUAUUGCUCAGCACCUUGGCUGCCCAAUUUCCAGGUGUUUCGGGCCUCAAGUACAGAGCCCCAGAAUCUCGCUCAAUGAGAGGUGUCAGACUUCUAGAAGGAAGGUUCCAGCCGCCAGAGGAUGGCUGGGGGAACCACGUCUACAUAUGUGUUUUCCCCAAAGAAAACAAACGAAAGUCAGAUGACCAUCCAGAAAACUCCACAGCCAAAACCAAACGGAUGGAAAUGAGGCUCAAGUGCUCUGACCUCAUUGUGCUUGGAUUGCCAUGGAAAACAUCCGAGCAGGACUUGAGGGUGUAUUUUGAAAACUUUGGUGAACUUUUGAUGGCACAGGUCAAGAAGGAUGCAAAAACUGGCCAGAGCAAAGGUUUCGGCUUCAUACGAUUCGCCAAUUACGAUUCUCAAGUCCGCGUCCUUUCUCAGCGGCACCUUAUCGACGGCCGAUGGUGUGACGUGAAAAUUCCCAACUCGAAAGCGGGUGGCACCCCGCAGGUCCCGUGCAAAGUAUUCGUCGGCCGGUGCACGGAGGACAUCACGGCGGACGACCUGCGCGACUAUUUCUGCAAAUUUGGCGAAGUGACGGACGUGUUUAUUCCCAAGCCAUUCCGGGCGUUUUCGUUUGUCACCUUCCUGGAUCCCGAAGUGGCCCAGUCGCUCUGCGGAGAGGAUCAUAUCAUCAAAGCAGGUACGUCGGUGCACGUAAGCAACGCCGCACCCAAGACGGACAUUUCUUCGCGCUACACGACCUAUCAGCAGCCUCCUGCCCACCAUCAACACCAUGCCCACCAUCAGCAACAGCAGCAUCAUCAUCAGCAGCACCACCAUCAGCAACAGCAUCACCAUCACGCUCAGCAGCAGCAGCAACAGCACCACCAUCAUCACCAUCACCACGCCCAGCAGCAGCAGCAACAGCAGCAGCAGUACGGCCACCAGCACCAACAGCAUCACACUCCGCCACACAGUCACGGAAUGGGACCGCCGGGUCCGUCCAGAGGACCGCCAGCUAUUCCCUACACCGGAGUGCUCCGUGGCCCAGGCAUAGGAGGAGACGGAAUGACGUCUAAAGGGGGUCCAUGGGGUGCAACUGUAGGUCCGGGUGGGGCGUCGGCCGCUGCGACGGUCAACCCGUACCACCACCAAGGACCCAAUCCGUUUCACCAAGGUGCUGCACCCGGUACUAACUCGGACUGGUGGCAUUCGAGUGGAGGUGGACCGUCUCCCUAUCAGCCGUCAUCCGUCGGAGGAGCUUGGAGCGGCCAGCCGCCGCCUCAUCAACACAACAAUCGACCGCAUACCGAACUGCCCAAUUUGGCCGCUCUCGGCUCGUCUCUGGGACUGACUGGAGCCACGGCAGGUAGUCCAGCCCCGCCGGGCGCCGCCCAGCUGGGAAUGGGGACCCUUAAUUUGGGAGCUCUUCCGGGCGGAUCGGCUCUAGUCGCCGCUCUCAGCUCGGCCGCCAUGAACUCGGCCGCUCUGAACACGGCCGCCAAUUGGAGCGGCUUGUUCAACAGCUUGCAGGGACCACAGGCUCCUCCCCCUCAACAACAACAGCAACAACAACCGCAGGAUGGAUCCGGGGGACCGGGUAGUUAUCCGACAACUCAACAGCAUCAACAACACCAGCAACAUCAAGCCAUGGUCUCGGUCGGCAUGCCCUUACCGGCUCCUAACAACGGUCCCGGCGGAGGAGCUUCGGGAUUGCUCGGAUGGGGUGAAAGUCCCGGUCCAGUGACUGUAGCUACACCCAGUGGCGUCCAGCAACAACAGCAACAGCCCCAACAGACCGGCACCCCACAGUCGCAGCAACAACAGCAACAACAACAACAAGCUCCUUGGGGCCAGAGGCAACAGCAAGAAGGUCCGGGUCCCAAAGGACCUCCCUACAACAUGAAAUACGAUUAAUCGAGAGGCAGAAGAAGACGAUCAUUUCAAAAUGAAACCAAAUGAAGAAGAAAACAAAAAAACAGUGCGAAUAUGACGGAGGGACAUUUCAAAAGGCUCUGAUUUACGCGCCAAAAAUGUGAUCAUGAAAUCUGAAUGUGCGAGAGCGAGUUUUUGUACGUGUCGGUUGGCCGCCCGAAUUAGCGAGAGAGUCUGAUGUGGACUGAAAGAGAAAGCGAAAACUUUUCUUUGACUGACUGAAAGUGAAUUCAAUCGAGAGAGAGAAAAAGAGAAACAAAUAAGGAAAGGUUUGAUUGAUUUUGAUUGAUUGUGUGGUUACGUAUCCUGUGUGCGUCUAAAAACAUUUCUUUCUCCCCCCAAUUUUUUUCUCGUGGCAAAAGAAAAGAAGAAUUUGUUUUUUAAAUAAGUUGCGGUUGGUGUUUGGUUUAGAAUUUCCCCCUCCCUCCCCCAUUUUUUUCCUUUUUGCUUCCGCCAAUUUCUAUAGGGUCUGUUACUUCACGUUGGACUUUUUUUUUUGUAUUGGAUCCUGUUGAAGGACUGGAAAAAAUUCAAAUUUCGAUAGAGGGGGGUGGGGAGAUAUUAUUAGUUGCGUGUGUAUGUGUGAGUGUGUUAAUCUUUUGAUUUAGAUCGUUUCUUCUUCCUUGCAACAAAAAAAAACGCGUUUGCUUGGGCUUGAUUUUUAAUUGUUUCUUUCCCUUUUUUUUUUAAACCAAUCCUUAAAUCAAGAUAGAAAUUUCGUGAGUGAAUGUAGAAUUUUUUUUUUUUUUCAGCAUUCUUCCGGUUCCGGUGUUCCUUCUUUCUAAAUUUCCCUUUUUUUUCGGCGGGGGAGGGAAGCUUCUAAAUUCUCUCGUGUCCGGGUGGUUUUUAA